CCGAGCUCAUCUCUCUUCUUCCUCCGUUCCCCUCGUCGGAAAAGAGGGAGGAAAAAAAUUACCUCCUUCCACAACCGCCGUCCCCCGAGAUGCGCCGCCUAGCUGCUGCUCCUCGCCGCCCACUUCUCCACCCGCACGUAUCCCCCGCGCUCGGAGUCCUGCAACAGCAUGGCCGAGUAGCGAUGGCAAGGACGACCCCCGUAGCAUGCUGCUCCUAUCUCCUACCAAAUCGCAGGACGCUCAGCCAGGGCGCUGAAUUCGAACCUCUACGAUCCAGAUCGACCGAUCGGGACCGGGGCUCCGCAAUGGCCCGAGCGAAGCCCGUAUCCGCGAGCGGCGGCGAAGCGUCGCCGGAUGGCGGCAUGAACCCGUUCGCCCCGCUCGUCGAGCUGUGGCGCCGGACGGUGCAGCCGCUAGGGGACUACGGAUUCGGCAAGCGCAGCGUUUGGGAAGGCGGCGUGGGGCUCUUCAUGGUCUCCGGGGCGGCCCUGCUGGCACUCGCGCUCGCGUGGCUCCGGGGGUUCCAGCUGCGCUCGCGCUUCCGCAAGUACAGCGCCGUGUUCGAGUUCAGCCAGGCGUGCGGGAUCUGCGUUGGCACGCCCCUCAGGAUACGCGGUGUCACCGUCGGGAGCGUCGUCCGCGUCGACUCUUCACUCAGGAGUAUUGAUGCCUAUGUUGAGGUUGAAGAUGAUAAAAUUAUUGUGCCCCGUAAUUCAUUGGUUGAGGUGAAUCAAUCUGGCCUCCUAAUGGAGACAAUGGUCGAUAUUACACCAAAAGAUCCACUCCCAACACCUUCAGUUGGUCCACUGGACGCAGACUGUUCCAAAGAAGGCUUAAUCCUCUGUGACAAAGAGAGAAUGAAAGGACAACAAGGAGUAAGCUUAGAUGCAAUGGUGGGUAUAUUUACCCGUCUAGGAAGAGACAUGGAGGAAAUUGGUGUUCAUAAAAGCUUCAAGUUAGCAGAAAAGGUUGCAUCUAUAAUGGAAGAAGCACAACCUCUCCUUUCACGGAUUGAAGCAUUAGCUGAAGAAGUUCAACCUUUGCUCUCGAAGGUGGGUGAUAGUGAUCUGGUGAAGGAUGUGGAGACUAUAGCUAAAGGCCUGGCUGACGCAUCUGGUGAUUUAAGGGCAAGGUAUAACCUGGUAAGGUAAUGUAGCCAUACAAUUCCAAAGUUUGUCAUCCAAACAUGAUUUGGUAUUGGUAGCUCAGAGGCAUUUCAAGGGCCAAUUCACUAGACAACCAAACAGGUGAAUUCGUAUUCGUGCCAUUUCAGUUUCCUCACUGAUUUGGAAUUCAGACCAAUACAAUACGGAGCUCCCCAAUGGAGACAUCCAAACGAAGCGUGAAGAACAUUGAGAGUAUCAGCUCGGACAUCUCUGGUUUCACCGGCGAGGCGACACGGCGGAACAUCAAGCUGCUGAUCAAGUCCCUCAGCAGACUAUUGUGACCCCUCAGUUGAACUGAACAGCGUGGAUAUGGGUAGAGUAGGCCAUCCGUCCUGAUGGGGUCGGAGCAUCUUUAAGAAGAUAAGCUGAGUUUUUUUUUUCUGCAUUCUUGGCAAGAAAAGCAGUAUUUAUUGUUGUCGUCGAGUUAUGCUAGGCCCAUUUUUGUUUUGUGUUUUGUGCAGCACGGUUGUGGUUGAGCAAGUGUAAACAAGGAAUACUCCCAUUGUUUCUUACCGGUGGCACUCGUUGAUCGGUGUGUCGUCGUCGGGGCGGCACAAUUCAAAGCAGCAGCAGCAGCCUAGUAGGACUGAUAGCUACUGGUAGCACAUCUCGCCAUCGGUCAAUUCAAUCCUUGGACUUGCGCUCUCUGCUUUUGUUUGUGUGGUGGAAUGGAAUCAAACGCGACGACGAAUGUAGCCUGACAACGGGUGCAUCGGUCCAGUUUCGAUCGUGUGGUCUUCCAUUUCGUGCCUCGUCGGAUAUAAGCGGAAGUAUGUUACUAUAUUGAUUAUUUUUCCAGUUUCAAUUGCGUGUGGUGUGCGUGCAAAACAAGCUGCAGGCCGUG